AAUAAAGUGAGAAGAUUAACUUUGUGUUCCUCGUUUCUUGAUUACCCUACUGUCUGCCCACAAUGAAUAACCCGGUGCCGCCUCCUGCGACAUCAGAAGUGGGAUCAAAUCAAGAAAACGAGAGGAAUCGUGGUGAAAACAAUAGUGAUGAACAAUGGCGUGGACUUUUUGAAAUGCAAAAUUUGCAAAUGCGCGCACUAAUUCAAGCGCUAAAGACCCCCAGUGUGAACAGUGCAGUGAACCUACCCAAGUUCGACCCUGACAAGCCCGACGUGGAUGCAAGAUCCUGGUGCGCGACGGCAGACCUGUGCUUCACCGGAAACCCUAUAGAAGGCGGACAGCUCAUCAUGACCUUGAGCAAGGCCCUCAAAGGAGCAGCGUCAACCUGGCUGUCUCAAAUAACGUACCCAGGUAUGACAUGGGCUGAUUUCAAAGAGCUCUUCACAUCAAGAUUUGUGUGCGUAGAAACAAAUGCGGCUACCCUCAUUAACCUCAGCAAUGAUAAACCGCUUGAAAAAGAGACCUACGGUGCCUACGCGAGCCGCCAAAUCACCGCACUCAUGAGCCGCUGGAAAAAUGCGAGUAUUGAACAAGUUGCAGUGUCGGUUGUGCUUUCCCAUCUUGCACAAUUCGACAACCGUUUAAAUCGUCUCGCAUUCACAACAGAAAUUUCCACUCGCAGUGAGUUGCAAAAAGAACUGCAGGCCUUUUCAUACCUGAAGCGGAAAUCCCCUACCGUGACUGAAGCAAGCAAGCCUGUAAUGGACAACGCGAAACGACAAAAGUUUUCACAACCUACAACAGUGAAGUGCUUUUUGUGUGGAAAACUCGGACACAAACAAGCAGAUUGUCGUCUCAAAGGAUUGUAUCCUAAAAAGCAGCCAGCCCCAGCGUCAUCCCAAGCUAGCCACCAGCAACAGCCAGCCAGCAGCCGAGCUAUCAUCUGCUUCAAGUGUGGCGAACCGGGCCACAUCGCGACGCGCUGCCCAGCCCCCGCGUCUACCCCCAGGCCAGAGCGACGAGUCGACCUUUGUGUGGUCGAGCCCCCAACCGGAGAGCUAAAACAUCUUGAGUAAACACACGAGGACGUGUGUAGAGGCAGAAUGGCCGUGUCGUAUCCGGUCAAACGGAAGUCCCGGUCGGAACGUCAAACGUGUCACGUGACAGCACAGCAGCGUCACCAGAUCACGUGACUGCACAGCAGCGCCGCCGCCCCGUCACGUGGCAUGUUUCGACAGAGUCUUGGUGGCGACC